AGUACAAACAGAAUCAGCACAGACCAGACACCUGUCUUCACCAUGAAGCUAAAAGGUGCCUUUGUGUUCCUUUCCCUGGCAUUUUGCUGCUUCAUUUUAGGCGUCACCACUCAAGAUGAGAGUCAGCCCGACUGCAGUAAAUACAAAAAUCCAGAUGGAACCUGGAUAGGAGGCUGUCCAAGGAACUAUGCACCAGUCUGUGGAACAGACGGCAUCACUCACAGCAAUGAAUGUUUGCUGUGUGAAAAAAUCUGGGAAACUGGAGUCCCCAUUGGCAUAAAGCACAGAGGAGAAUGUUAGCACAAUGGAUGAAUAAUGGAUGAAUUGGUGUAAAGCACAAAUAGGAGGUGUUGUAAUACCUCUGAGCAAAGACAGUCUCAAAUCAUCCUGUGCACCAGGGGUUCCUACUGGCUUCCUUGUGUCUUAUGUUUGUUCAAUAAAGUAAACUAAAAGGGUUUUUUCUUAUUUUAUUUUUCAACACAAAGCAGUAUAGCUUUUGGGAGGGGAGGAAAAUCAUUAAAUCAACAACUGAUUUUACAUAUCAGCCUUCAUAACAUAAAUAAACCACAGAUAAUAAAAUAUUUUCAAUAAUGAAUAGGCUUUGUGGUUGGAUUUAUCUAGAUCUGUAGGAAACACUCAUAAUGGAGAUCUUGAGUCAAUAGCAAUUUUCCACUAAGAUCAGUUAAAAUGGAUUGAUUAAAAUAGAUAUCCUGAAUGAAGAAACACAAAUUCCACCAAUACAUUUUGGCACAGACAACUAUCAGGAUUGCAAUCACUGACUUUGUGGCUGUGUUACAAUCUUUGAAGAUAAUGUAUGACCAUUUUUCAAGUCAAAGUUGUGUGCUUGAUCAUGAUUUUUACAAACUUAUUUAUUAUUUUUUCACACAUAGCUUAUAUGAAGAAAUGUUAUACUUCUAGCUAUUCAUUAUUCAAAAUUUGCUGCUGAACUUGUAAGAAUGGUCACUUAAGUCACAUGUUAUUGUUUCUGUUCCCAUACUAGUUAAACACUUUGGAACUACUUCUGC